CCCUGGAUCAGCGACAGCGGCUAUGCAGCGUUGAACUCACCUUUUUUGCCUAUCCACUUACCUUGAUUACUUUGUAUAUGCCUCAUAUUGAAGCUACUUGUCAUCGAUUUCACACGCUAUUGCACGCGAUCUGUCUUGCUUGCUAUGGCGAGAGCAACCCGUUCGAGUGCUCGUUUGGCCUCGACUGCCACGAAACCGGCAGAGACCUUUAGUGCUGGUAAUGGCACACCAAGACAUGGCCGAUCUACGAAGCAGACUUCGUCGGACAAGGAGAACACGCCUCAACCAGAAAAGAGGAAACGGACAACAAGCAAGGCUGCAAACUCAACACCGGCCAAGAAGGUCAAGACGGAGGAUGCAGACCAUACGGCAUCCCCGGACUUCGCCAACGUUCCACCCCUGACACCACUCAAGAAAGAGAAGAUCAAAUCCGAAAGCCCAGACACGAAAGCAAAGGUCCAAAAGUCCCCGGCAGAUUUGAAGUCCAAGAAGCUCAAGGCCUACUCUCAGUACGCUGACAAGUCACCCUUCCCCGAUUUCCCUCACCCAACACCGGAAGAGUGCAAACUAGCCCAUGGCAUUCUGGCCAAAUUGCACGGGAAAAGGGAACGGCCCGCCGAGGUCAAGGCAUCCUCAACCCGCGCUGGCUGCGGAGACUCGCCGUCAGUCCUCGACGCGCUGGUCAGAACCAUCCUGAGCCAAAACACGAGCGACACAAACUCCACCCGCGCCAAGAGGAGCAUGGACGACGUCUACGGCGGCAGCGAUGAGUGGGAGAAAAUUGUCGAGGGUGGUAUUCCCAAGCUACAAGAGGCCAUCAAGUGCGGAGGGCUGAGCCAAGUCAAGAGCAAGGUCAUUGUCGGCAUUCUCAACCAGGUCAAGGAGAAGUACGGCUCGUAUUCUCUCGAUCAUCUCUUCAAUGUUAGCAAUGAAGAUGCAAUGCAGGAGCUCAUUAGUUUCCAGGGCGUCGGGCCCAAGACUGCCAGCUGUGUCCUUCUGUUUUGUCUGCAGAGGGAGUCGUUCGCAGUGGACACUCACGUAUGGAGAAUCACCGGUCUGAUGGGGUGGCGGCCAAAGAGCGCGUCGCGGGACGAAACCCACGCUCAUCUUGACGUCAGAAUUCCAGAUGAGGACAAGUAUGGGCUUCACAUCCUUCUUGUGAAGCAUGGCAAAGUGUGCAGUGAGUGCAAAGCUGGUGGUAAGAGUGUUGGGAAGUGUGAGUUGAGAAAGGCUUUCCGCCAUGAAAAGGUCAAAAUUGAAGAGGGGAAGUUUUGCGAUAUUAACGCCUAGAUUAAGAGCUGACCACAUUUCAUUCUACACAUAAUACACGUUUUUGUGAGCUGAA